GGGGGCGCCCCCUGGCGGCGCAGGGACCGCCCCCAACCUCGCGCCGCCGCCGCCCGCCUCAGCCCAACAUGGCGAUGCACAACAAGGCGGCGCCGCCGCAGAUCCCGGACACCCGGCGGGAGCUGGCGGAGCUCGUGAAGCGGAAGCAGGAGCUGGCGGAAACACUGGCAAACUUGGAGCGACAGAUCUAUGCUUUUGAGGGAAGCUACCUGGAAGACACUCAGAUGUAUGGCAAUAUUAUUCGUGGCUGGGAUCGGUAUCUGACCAACCAAAAAAACUCCAAUAGCAAAAAUGAUCGAAGGAACCGGAAGUUUAAGGAAGCUGAACGGCUCUUCAGUAAAUCCUCAGUUACCUCAGCAGCUGCAGUAAGUGCAUUGGCAGGAGUUCAAGACCAGCUCAUUGAAAAGAGGGAGCCAGGAAGUGGGACGGAAAGUGACACUUCUCCAGACUUCCACAAUCAGGAAAACGAGCCCAGCCAGGAGGACCCUGAGGAUCUGGAUGGAUCUGUGCAGGGAGUGAAACCUCAGAAGGCUGCUUCCUCUACUUCCUCAGGGAGUCACCACAGCAGCCAUAAAAAGCGAAAGAAUAAAAACCGGCACAGGAUUGAUCUGAAGUUAAACAAAAAACCACGAGCUGACUAUUAGAAGACACGUUAGUGCAGAAGCUUCCAGGCUGUAGAGCCCUGCUUCCCUUCUCUGACCUCACAAAGAUAAACAUCGUUCACCUGAGUUCGUGGCCAUCCACCUCUGCUCUCCCAGACCCAGUGCCUGUGACUUUGAGUAGUUUGUUCUAAAUGUGGUGACAAACAAGUCAUUUCUGUAAGACAUUGGGUCUUACUUUAUGUCAUUUUUAGUAACAGAACUGCAGGAAGAUCAAGACAAUGUUAUAAUCCCAGCAAGUUGCUAACUGUGCGUUUCUCCCUUCUUAGAAUGAAUGUCUCCCCCCAAACUGGCUGGCACCAGCUUCAUCUGUGAUACCCAUCAAGAAAUGUUCUCUGGUUUUGUUUUAUGCUGAAAGUAGAACACAAGUCACAUUUCAGAUGUAGGCUGUAAAUAUGGCAUUUUCUUAUAUUGUUUUAUGUGUUCUUGUUUUUCUCUUGUUGUUUUUAUCUUAUUUUAUUUGGGGUUUUUUUGUAAUGCCUUUGUACAGCUCAUACCUUCCUGCUGACAUAUCUGAUCAUCUUUUUCAUGCAGUUGCCGAUAUUCAUAACUGAAAAUAAUCUGGUUUAUCAUAAGUGAAAUGGGAAACUUGGCUCUGUUUUUUUGCAAGGAGAGGUAAAGAGUGUUUAUUUAGUAAUUACCUAUCUUAAAUCUUUCUGAGUUGGUAGCAGAUUCAUGUUCAAGGAGCAGGAAAAAUGGAAAAACAUAAGUUUAAAUCAAUUCUUUUUAAAUAGCUAUUUUUAUUCUUUUGUAUAAAUAAAAUUUCACAGGCUUCAAAUUCUCAUGCUUUACUUUUAAACCCAAGAUUGUUUUUUCACUUACUUUAUUUAUUCAUAUCAUGCCUUAUGGAAAUUUCUUUUUCUGUAUUUUCUGUCUUUGCUGGUAUUCACCUGAUUAAAUAUUGCUCUAAAAAUCACCAUGGCAUAUGGAAAGUCUCAAAAUUAUACCAAAAGUGAUAACUUAUGUCAUUCUUAAGUGGAGUGAAAGGAUAGCAGCAGUGAGAGCCAGUGUUGCCUAGUAGCUCUCCCUUUCUUGGAGGGCUUGAUGGGCCGAGGAAUUUGCUAGUAAUUGUUACCUGCCUCUAGUGCUGUGGUGAAUUUGAGACAGGGUCUGGCUGCACAUUGGAAUCACCUGAGAAGCUUUAAAAUACUCAUGCCUGGAUCCCACUCCUAGAGACUAGGGUACAGCCUAGUUAUUGGGAAUUUCUUUAAAAGAGUUCCUGGGAUUCUGAUGAGAAUCUGGGUUGAGAACCACUACAUUAGAAGACUGAAUGGUUUAAUUUAAGUCCUAUGUUAUGAAUUGGUCUGAGGGAUAAGAUUUGGGGUCUAACCUUUCCUUUGACUCUAGUUAGUCAUAGUCCUUGACUUAUGCCUAUAUCUUUGUAAGAAACAGUAUUGUGAUAAUAUUAGUAAGACCGAAUAUGGAUGGCAUCUACUGUAAAACAAGUCUACCUUGUCAGUGUGCAAAAGCUUUUACUCUUGUUCUCAAAUACACUUGUGUGUGU